AUUCAUGUGUUUUUAAUGGCAUGAAAUGCUUUUCAUGUGUUUCUCAUCCAGUAUUCUGGACUGUAAAUUCUCAGAAGGCUUCUGUCAUGUUUUUUCUUACUUAAAUGGAAGUGGGGCUAAACAUUAUUCAUCUGAAGGUCUUGGAUGAAGCACCCUGUGCCUUAAAAAGGAAGCUGGAUUGUACAGGAAAUGAAGAACUGAACUUUGCUUUUGUUCUUGUAGGCAUUUGCAGAGAGAAAAUGGUAUGUGCGGGCUAAGGCAUGCAUUAAUAUCUUGAUUAUAUAGCUGAAAAUGGUAUUGUGAAGGUAAUUCUAGUAGAGUAUAUUUUAGAUAAUCACCCAGUGGGUAAGAACAUAUCAUGGUUGUUACUGCACAGUAGGAAUAAGUAUGUGUCACAUCUGGAUAGAUACAUUAACACCAGCAGUUCCUGUUGAUGAUCAGCCAUAUAUGAUGAUGAUGAUGAUGUCAGCUCUAUAUUCUCUGUAUUUUUCUGAAAAAAAGACUGAGGGAGCUAAGAAGGCACUUGGGACAGUCCUAUGCAGAAGAGUUUUGUAAAUAAAAUCUUUCUUGCAACUGAUGGGCCUCGGCAUUACCAAAGUGUAAUUUUGUUUCCUAGGUAGUUAUGUGAUUCGACCUAUGGUUUGGGGCUGGGAUUUUAAUUUGUUUUUUGAUUUUCUUUCAGUAGAAGAUAUUUGAUCAGCAGACUUGGUUGAACUUUUGAUAAGUCACUGAUGGAUUACAUCUUUGUCUGUAAAUUAUUUUCUUUUUCUUAAUAUACCAAGGAGAGAGCCUCAUCUCUCCUGUUAGAACAGGUGAAUGUUGCUUAACAAGUUGGCAUUGCUUUACUCUGUAAAGGAAGGGGUUUGAAAUUAAAUAGUUAUUGAAUUAAGUAGUGCUUCUCACAUAUCUUGGUAUGUGUUUGACCUGUUUUCAGUUGGUUUUGGGUUUUUUUUUUGUGCAGUGCUGAUGAUAAACUGGGAAAUCAAAGAAUUUGUGAUUUCUCAGCACCACUUAAAAAGGCAUAUUUCUCUCUUCUAAACUCUAAUGGGAUGUAAUCUUAUGUAGGUAUUGAAUUUGUAUAAUUACUAAUUUUUCUGUGUCUCCCUCUUGGUUCAUUCAGUUGAUGUCUGUGUAAACAUGUGCAUCAUGCUUGUGCCUGUUCUAUAAAGGAAGGCAUGAGGUGUGGUCUUGGAAAACAGCCAGCAAGGAAUCCCUGUGUCUCAGGUGGCAAAAAGUGAAAGUGCAGCUAAUGCUAAGCAUGUCCUUCCUCACUGCUCUUUUUUGGUAUUGUAGAAGGCUAUACAGCUUUUUAGCACAGCUACUGAAAAGGUGGAGCAACUACCUUCAGAGGCAACUCAUAAGGAAUCUCAGUGUGCUGCCAGAAGUUGAUCUGCUUGGCUAUAGUGCAAGAGAAUGGAAAGGAGAAACAAAGCAGGCCAAACAGAUGAGGGAGGCAUAUGAAGAAUUGUUUAAGAGCUGUCAUAUCAAAUACCUGAGACAAGUCAGGAGGGACAACUACAGUGUAGUAAGAGCGGUGCUUUUUCAGAUAUUCAGCCAAGGCAUUCCUUUUCCUUCAUGGAUGAAGGAAAGAGAUAUAUUGAAGCUCCCUGAAAAGCUUUUGUAUUCUCAAGGUUGCAACUGGAUUCAGCAAUACAGUUUUGGACCAGAAAGAUACACAGGUCCCAAUGCCUUUGGGAAGCUGCGCAAAUGUAUGGAGGCGUUAAAGACAAACUGGGCUGAAAUAAGUGCUACAAGAGAUCAUGAAGAAAGAGGACGCAUGUGUAAUACACUGUUUUCUGAUGAAAGCAAGGAAUACAAACUAUAUGAAGCCAUAAAAUUCAUCAUGCUCUAUGAAGUUGUCGAAGCCUAUGAGCAGAUAAAGAGCAGGGAUGAACCCGUACACAACCUUUUUAGUCUUCUCUUUGCUCGUGACUCUUCAUCUGACCCUCUGAGUUUCAUGAUGAAUCAUCUGAACUCCAUAGGUGACUCUAUUGGCCUAGACCAGGUUGAACUGUUUCUUCUUGGAUACUUACUUGAAGUAAAGAUACGAGUUUACAGACUGCAUAGGUUUAAUACUGAGGAAUUUAAAGUAAACUAUCCGGAUGAAUACCGAAGGGAAUGGAAUGAGAUUUCUCUCGUGACUGAGGAUGACCGCUACUAUCACAUCCCCCUUUUCUGAAUGUGAAGGACCAGUGACUUUUUUUUCUUUUUCCUUUGUAUAGUAUAGUGACUAAUUCCAGUGAAUUAGGUUUCUAAUUGGCAGCAGUAAAAUCGUGAGAAUGCUCAUUAAUGGUUACAAAAUUAUUUAUGGGUUUAUUGUGUAAACAUUUUGCUUUCCCAUUGCAGCUUGGUUCACCAUCAGUCAGCCAUAAAAACCAUAAAAUAUAUUGCUUUACUGCCUGGGGCAAAAAAGUGUGACAUUUGGAAAAAAAAAAAAAAAAUUAAAAAAAAAUUUGAAUGCCUGACAACAAAAGACAAAGGUUAUGCUUGGUUUUCCAUUGCUAGUGUAAGAGUUUACUCUGACAUCCACGGAUGGGUUAAACUUAAGUGCCUAAAGCAAUGACUGCCUUUCCCUAUUCCUGUCUGUCUCUAGCAAGGGAGGAUGAAUCACAGAGGAAGAAAAUCCCAGGGUCCCACAGUUUAUAUUCCAUGCUAUUUAACUUGCAUUGACUUGGGAUGGGAGGAUAUAAGCUGGAGCCUCUGCAUGGCUGCUUCAAAUCCACUUGGCUUCCCUUGUUGCCAGAACGCCUCUCCAGGGAUGGGCAGAGCAAGCAGCUGCAGGCUGUACUUAACUUCAGACAUGGGAAACUGAGCUGGCUGCACCCAGUGGUGAUCCCUGAAGGUGAAGAACUGUUACACAGGGAGAAAAAAUCAACACACAAGAACACUGUGAUGGAUGGAAGAUCACCUGUGUAAAUGAGGAAAGUACAUAGCUUUUUCCAAGGUAAAAAGGGCAGUGUUCACACGCAACAGAGUUUCACCCAGUAUCUGCGUAUGGCUUUGUUCAACUUGUAAAUUCUUUAAGAGCUGAUUUCAACAUUACCUGCCAAGAUUUCCUUUGCAAUUCAUUUGAGAAAGCUGUGCAUGGAAUACAGGCCAAAACACUGCAUUUUCAGAAAAUAUUAAUUUUCUAUGCAUGAUGUGAAUUCAGCAGUGUUGCAUACAUGUUUUAUCCUCUGAUUAUGUAUUAAUCUCCUUGCCUAAGAUCACUGUUUUUAAUUUAGACUUCCGUUUUUGAAGUCGGUCCAGAACAAGUAAAUGAGAUUUACCUUCCUACAUGGAACAUUUUCCUCAGUUCUGUUUUCUAAAAGAAUAGUGUGUGUUUUGAUUAUUUCAAAAUAAGGGACCUUAACUUGAAGUAUUAGAUCUCACAAAAUAUUUGUGAAAAGCUUACAAUGUCACAGGCUAAUGGUUGUAUUGAAGAGGAUGAGGUUUAUUAAGAAACAAAACCUCUCCUUUCCUUAUCCCAGGGGUAUGGGGACAGGAGGAUUUGUUUUUUUAAACCUGCAGGAUAAAAUGCAAGCCAAUAGCAAAAAUGGGAACAGGGCCUGCAGGAGCUAAAGCAGUUGCAUGAGGUAUCUUCAUGGUAAUGCUUUGAGUCAUUGGAGAGUGCUUAGUUCCUUUGUGUAAAGGAAAGCUAUUUUCUCCCUUAUGCUCCUUUUAUUUGUGUGCAUAUGUAUAUAUAUAUUUAUAAAUACAAACACUUGAGUUCAGUUUUGUUGAAUGAUUUGUAGAUUUUAAUUAAGAAGGCUUGAUAACUGUAAUAAUUUCAUCUCAUCAAAACCUGCAGACUUUUAUUUAUUAAAAGAAAGUUUUUUGCUGAAUGAAGUAAUUUUCUUGUUUUAGGUUUGGUUCUGCUCUGCAUGGAGAAACGUUAUAAUACCUAAGUGUAGAGUAUUGUUAUCUAUUUUGCAUCAACAGUAACAUUUACAGUUAUCAAUAAACUAGUCUAUAUUUUAUUUUUGUUUUGGUACAAACAGACAUACCAUAAAAAGUAUGUAUUUUUGUUGUGGGCUUUUUAAUGAUUUGCAUAUUAUUUGUGUUUUGGAAUAUGAAAGCAUUACAGCUGAAAAUGAUAAAUUGUGAAAACAUACAUUUUUGUGAUCUUGAACACAUUUAUAGUGGGGAAUUAAUAAAAAUCUAAAACAGA